AUGGCGCCUGUUGAUUGGAGGAAGGGAAAAAGAGCUCAUAAGACAUUUUUCGCACUUCCAUCGCAAAACAUGCUUGGCUGGGAAAAUAGAGGUUCAUCUAAUCCAGUCCCUCCGGUGGAAGUUCAAAAGUUUCCGUAUACAACAGUCUCGUCUGGUCACCACUUUUUCGGAUACAGAGCUAGCUAG